GCGUCGGCGAGAUCGCAAGAGCACUCACUGACUGACGUCGAAAGUGUAACGGGUUGUACCCUUGCAAUACUUGCGAAAAGCGUAAAUUCACCUGCACAUAUCGCGAGGGCGGUGACUCUCCGGGCGAUGGCCCACCAGCCAAGAAGAUUCAGGUCGAGGGUGGCGCACCGGCGCCUGCCGCAUCCCCUAAUGCAGCCAGUUCUGCUGGUCAUGCCGGUAGCACCGCCAACGGCAACUUCGCCGGUUCCCCAAGUGCAACGCAACAAACGAUUCCCUCGCCCCAGCGUAAACCAAGCAACCUUCAUAUGAUUGGACAGCAUGGACGUCCCGAGUUGAAGCAAGAGAACCCACUAUCGGCAACGGCCGAGCCAGAUGCCAUAGAGGCUGCAGAGGCUGCUGCACGAUCACUGCAGCAGUUUGCAACAAGGAUAGAAGAUCAACCAAAGCAUCAAACUGCAUCUGGUUCCAAUAGUACAGAUGGUAACGAUGAAGAAGCCGUCGUCUACUCACAAAUGAGGAUGCUUCAGGAUCCGACGGGACGACUGUUAUAUGUAGGUGAUUCGGCAUCUUUGUCUUUUCUCCAAUUACUGCGGAUGAUGGUAGAGAAUGUUGCCGGGCCGUCCGCGUUCACUACAGACCCGAGACGGCAUAAGAUUACAGAGAUGCCUUUUUCUCUUCCGCCUACGGCACGACACACACACUUGCUUCCAGACAAGAGGACCGCCUAUGUGCUUGUGGAUGCGUUCUUCAUCAACACUCACGGAUUUCUACAAAUUUUCGAUCGACAGGUUUUUCUCAAUGCUGUAGAAAACUGCUAUUCGGAUCCUCUGGUUACGGAGCCCUCUUGGUUGUGCCUGUUGAAUUUGGUCUUUGCAAUUGGUCUCAUGCUGGCGACUCCUCGACGGGGCACCGCUGAUGCGCUUAUAAUUGACAAACUGAUCAAUCAACAUGCAGACCGCGCUGAGGUCUUUUACAUGAACGCAAAGAGUCUUAAUGAUCCAUUGAAUGGCUUCGAAGAUGCGGAUUUUUGGUCCGUCCAAGCCCUGCUGUUGAUGUCCUAUUACAUGCUGGUCAAAUCAAAACGGAACACAGCUUUUGCUCUCCUUGGUAUGGCUGUUCGUUCUGCGUACGCAUUAGGUCUUCACCGUGAAGAGACGCUUAUCAUCUUCAAUCCGGCGGAGCAAACUGCCCGGCGGAACUUAUGGCGUUCACUGUUUGUCAUGGACCGCUUCCUUUCAUUUUCUCUUGGGAGACCCGUGGCGAUAUCCGAAGACGAUUGCAGUGGCGAUACACUUCGACCGGCCCAACCCGAUGAACAUGAUGCGUUUGGGUUUGAUUCGGCAUUCCAGACGACAGCAAAUCGUUCUCAGACAAACGCAGGAGCCCUGGAGGCUGCAGUACGCAGUUGCUCGGUCAUAGGGCGAAUCCUCAAAGAAGUCUACCAACAGCGGAAGAUAAGCACUCGAAUGGCGCAGGAGAUUGCAGACAUUUGCAAACUAUGGCCGAAAGCGCUUGCGCCUCAGCUUCACUGGCGUCAGGCAGCCGCAGCAUGUCCCGACCAGGGAAUCGCCAUUUUGCAUGUCAAUCUCUUUUAUUGCCAUUCUAUUAUCCUCUUGACUCGGCCUUUCUUCCUCUACAUCAUGAAUGCAGAGACGCAGAAAGAGUUUGCCCAGAACGGAGCAAGCUUUCAGCCGCGCCACAAGUAUUCGCGCAUGGAGAAAUUCAGUGAAGCUUGCGUGAUCGCGUCGACACAUAGCAUCGUGCUAGUGCAGAAUGCGUUCGAAGCCGGUUACUUGCCACGGCGGAACCCUGCGGUCAUAUAUUUCCUCUUCGCUGCGACACUCGUUUUGCUUGCAAAUGAGUUUGCAGUUCUGUACACCAACACUUCGGCCGACCAGUGCAUACAGAACGCUAUUAGAGUCAUGACGUACUGCUCUGAGAGCGAUCUCCAAGCCGCACGGCUCUACAACAUCCUGGAGGCAUUCCGAGACGUUGUUCAGCAGCAGCGCGAGCGGCGCCGCCGGUCGCAACAGCCACAGCUCCAACAGAUGGUUGGCAGCAUGACCAAUCGCGCCACACCGCAGCAGUACCCCAGCAUCAUGCCGCAACAGCAAGAUGCGCAUACGGCCUACCGCGAGCAGAGCUUCCAGCAGGGCCUCGGCACGCCGAUGCAGAGCGCCACAACGCCGCAGGCCGCCACAGAGCUGCCACCGCCGCCUCCGGGGACCGCAAUGCUCAGCCCGAGCGCCACCGCCGCGGCCGGCACACCCAUCGGGACCGGGCCGGGCGCCUCGCCGCUGGCGCACUCAACGCAGCCGAUGCUGUCACCGGCCGCGGCGGCGUAUGCCGCGUCAGCGUCAAUAUCGUCGCCCACCACGAGCACAGGCCGCCCCGCGCUGAGCCGCAACCUGUCGCUGUCGAACCUGCUGGACCUGAGCGCGCUCGACGGCGUCGUGACUGGUAGCGGGGGCGGGGGUGGCGGUGCGCCGUCGCUGCGCAGUGACGAGUCUGUCGGCGAAGAGCUGAUAGACUUUGAUGCGCUGUGGUCGUGGCCGACCAACGCGGCGAGUGGAACGGGCAGCCCGAGGCUUGGAGGCGCGCCAGGGGAUGGGGGGAUGCUGACGACGGUGCAAGGGAUCAACGAUAGCGCGGUGCCGUUGUUUGGGGUUUAUGAGCAGUAAGUAGGGCGGCCGGUGUGAAUGGAAAUGAUGAAAUGAGG